AUGUCUCAGAAGUUGACCUCAGAGCUCAGCGAGCUGCAGAGCACCGCGUCAUCACGGAGUGUCGUUGACAACAUCACUUGGUCGGCGGGCGCCGCUCUGAUUUUUGGUGUGGUAGUAUGCUAUUUUGCAACCAAGCGAUCCGAAUUAACAUCGGAGCUAUUAUGUUGGGUUUUGCUGCCAGGAGUGUUUGCGAUCGUGAAACGACGUCGAAAUGUGGACGGGUCCGUCGAAACCCUCCUACCAUUGGUCAGCAGCUUUACAGAUUCGAGUGCAAAUGAAACACCUUCCUCAAUAUCGCUAUGGAUAAUAGCCGCAUGCAUUGCUAUCUCCAGCGUUUUCAGAGCUGAGAAAGGCAUUAUUGUCUUGUUUCCAGCACUAGCACCGCUUCUUGCCGUCGGCCACAGAUACUUGAGACCUAGCGCUCAUGCUCCUGCCGGAUAUCAUAUGUCGUUCUCCUCCUUAUUGAGGCAUCCUAUUCUCGGCACUAUUUUGACUGCUAUACUAGCUAUCGUCGCCUUGUCAGAAUGGGAUCCGAUCGCAUACGCGUUAUCGGCAGCUCCUGUGGUUGCUCUUUUCGUCGCUUAUACUUUGCUUACACCUCCAACUAGCCAACAGUCGCGGUGGUUUGGGGGCCGCUGGCUUGUUAGCGUCGACAUAGAGGCUGCGGCUUGGCCUCUUUCGUUACGUGUAGCGAUCCUACUAGCUAUUGUGCUCAGCGGAGAAUCAUACCUAACUGGCCUCCCUGGCAUUGAUGCUCUAGAGACGUUAGUCUUGGGCUCGGCCAAAACCCUCAUGUGGUAUUUCACAUCGCAGCUGGCCCGGAAUUGCUCAUGGCUUGUCGCAGCUGUAGCCGGCACUUUCAGCCUCUUAGCGACUCGUAAUCCAUUCAUGCAGCAGACUGACACUCGUGCCCUCAUAACCGUGGGAGCGUCCUUGCUUUCUCUCGUCCAAGUGUUAUACCUACUACCAAAACAAGCCAAAGCGAGACUGACGCUUUCAACACUAGUUGCCAUACCUCUACUUCCCUAUUUUUCUAACCUAGCAGCUAUCCACUUCGCACAGUCAUCAGCGCUGACACAUGCUGUGAAACAUCCUGUGGAGAUGCUGAUUCGUGAGGCAAAUGCGAAUUUCGAUGGUCUCCUCAGGAACCAAUCCAGUACUUACCCAGCUGCCUAUGCCGAAUAUCAGCGUCGCUAUGGAUUUGACCCGCCAGAUGGGUUUGAAGAGUGGUAUAAGUUCACACGAUCGCACCGAUCUCCUAUCAUCGAUGAAUUCGACAUGAUAUCGGAGGGUAUAGCACCUUUCCUUAGGAUUAGCGGACAAGAGGUUCUUGAUAUCAUGUCCGCAGCCUAUAACGAACCGGACCAUGAACUGUGGAGUUGCACCACGUCUGGUCAGCCAGCCAAAACAGAGUGCAGCCACCACGGACGCGAGAAUGAUAGAAAUAAUGCUCAAUUCUUCAACCGAAUCACCGAGAAAAUUCCUGCCGCUUUGAAUUUGAAAUUUCUGCUUAAUCAUCUUGAUGAGCCGACCGUCAUGAUUCCUCCAACGUCAGCACAUUCUACCAAGCCCGUCAUCACAAAUCGGGGAGGCCAGCGUGCAUGGGAUGUUUUGACAGAAUAUUGCUCGUCCAGGAGAGGUAGGGCGAGUCCCACACGCGCACCCACGGUAGAAACCUAUGGCCUGCCGUUUGUUACGGACCGCAAGGCAGCCAUGGACUUGUGUCAGCACGCCGAGUACAGUGAAAUACACGGCCUUUUUGCUGCCCCAGAGUCUCUGCGCUUGACACAAGGAUUGGUGCCUGUACUGUCCAACGGCGCGCCCUCGACAAUGGGUGAUAUUCUGUAUCCGAGCACGGCUUACGUGGAGGAGGAUCGAUUUGCCUACCACAGCGAGAACGACGUCGAUUGGGACGAGAAACAGAACAAUGUGUACUGGGCCGGGUCUACGACGGGUGGCCACGCGCGCCCGGGGGAAUGGUACAGCCUGCACCGACAGCGGUUUGUGGAGCUCGCGCAGAACCUCAAGCGACGGACAUUCUCGUACCUGCGAGAAAAAGACGGCAUGAUCAGCCGAGUAGCGUCGUCUUUCUUCAACGGAAGACUAUACGACGUCGCGUUUGCCAACGUGUUGCAGUGCGAUGCGAGAGCGUGCAAAGAGCAACGCCAAUACUUCGCCAGCAAGCCGUGGGCAAGCGGGGACCGGCCAUUUCGUUCGCGGCUGGUGUUCGAUCUCGAUGGGAACGGGAUCAGUGGGCGGUAUUAUAAACUUCUGGCGUCCAAGUCACUGCCGCUGAAGCAGACGAUCAUCCACGAGUGGCAUGACGAGCGGCUCUUGCCUUGGGUGCACUAUAUACCGGUCAGUCAGAGCAUGGAGGAGCUUCCUGAGUUGGUCUUCUACCUGACAUCGACGGAGGCAGGACGGAGGCGGGCGAGGGAGGUAGCGGAACAGGGCCGGCAGUGGUUCACUGACGCGUUUCGCGAGAUUGAUGUGGUGAUUUACAUGUACCGAUUGUUACUCGAGUUGAUGAGGCUGCAGGAUCCUGACCGACCGGCGUGGCAAAUUGACGUUGGAUAAAUACGGCGGUUUUGCGUGUAUUGUAUUUUAUGAUUUAUGCUAUGCCGUUAUGCUACGAUAAUGGCGGUGUCAAAGGCACUUGCGGCUGAAAGCCCCAGUCUGCCCCAGUCUGCCACAGAUUAGAAUAAUGAUAAUAAUGAGCCAAUCUACGUUUGGAUAGAGUCUUGGAUAGAGGACAAGUUUCCCACUGUGUGAUGUCGAGAUGUUGGCCACAAACUGCCCACAGAAUCAUGAAGUGCUUCACAUGCAAUCUGCAUACAUACAGUA